AUGGAUCAAAUAGCUGAGAGGUUCAGACUCGACGUUACUGUCAUCUCCGAGAACUGCAACAGAGAGAUCCUGCAGCAUAACCCCGGUCAAGCAGAGAAGGAGAACAGAAGAGUAAUAGUAUGGACUAGGAAGCGCGAUCUGACCCAGGAUGUGUACGUCGAGGAGUCGCAGUCGGGGCAGGUGCGAGUAGUCAAACGAGUCACCACGACGGAUAAAAGGGUGAAGUAUCGGUCGGAGUUGGAUCUUAUGGGAGGAGUCUCUCAGGCCACAGACAAACUGCUUUUCGUCGAUUUCAUCGGCUGGUUCCCAUACAAGGAUUAUAUCUGUCUCGCAAUGGAAUAUUGUCCCUAUGGGGAUCUCAAAGGAUGCUAUCCCAACCCUACCUCUGAGCCAGAGGCCCGGGAGAUAUGUGCACAACUAUUGGAGGGUCUAGCAGUGCUACACAGUCUCAGCAUUGUGCACCGUGACAUUAAACCAGAGGCUGUCUCCGAGAAGACUCCAAUCAAAGUCAAAAUCGCAGACUUCGGAGUGAGCAAGCGCGCAGUUGAGGGGCAAACAGAGCCCCGAACAGGCUGCGGAACUCCGGGUUUCAUGGCGCCAGAGGUCUUGCAUCUCCUCGACGAUACCAAGGAGGACUCGACCUUUACCAGUGCGGUCGACAUCUGGUCGCUCGGGUGCCUGCUGUAUUACAUCCUGACCAAGCAGGUGCCGUUCAGCAUAUACGAGUCACUUCUUGACUAUGCCAAGGGCCGCGCAGCGUUCCCCGAGGGACACUUGAGGGAUAACCAAGUGGGCCUUACGGGGCGCGGCUUUAUCAAGAGACUCUUGGAGCCGCUUCCCGACGCUCGUCCAUCAGCAUCGGUGGAUGUCUCCAGUAGCUGGGUUAUUCCGGACAGGAACGAGGAAUUCAUAGGCCCUGAGUUCGUUAGCACAACAGAUACCAUUUCAGCAGUCGGGAUAUCCCACGGCCUCACGAGCCCGACACAGCUAUCAGUCGCCGAUACACAAUGGCGUGGCCUUCUCAAGAAUACAUUCACCCGACUGAGCUCAUAUUCCACCAAUGAGAUGGACAGUGAAGCUCCAAGCCCUCCUGACACCCACCCAAGCCUCAACAGACUACACAACGGCUACACGGCUUUACACAUCGUCUCAGAACAUGGGCCCGUCGAGUGGGUUCAACUCCUUCUGGAAUACGGCGCCGAUGGACAGAUACGCACACAACCAGGUCGUGAGACCGUCCUACACCUGUCUACUGCGCAAGGCAACCUUGAGGGAUUUACGAAGAAGUUAGAGCUACUGCUGGACAUCCGAGCCGUCCGAGCAGACAUAAACGCGCAAAAUGCCAACGGCGACACAGUCCUGCACCUCGCAAUUGCCAGAUUCGGGACCAUCGCUGCAAUACGGCUUUUACUCGAGGCUGAGGCAUCGACAAAUAUUAAGGGGAGACAAGGGCGCACGCCACUUCUGUACGCUCUUUAUCUAGAGCAGGAGGCGGUAGCGACAUUAUUGUUAAAUAAAGAUUCUGACCCCUAUUCCCUUGACAAUAACGGCUCCUCUGCGCUGCGCUAUGCCAUUGCAUCCGAGAGGAUAAGUUUAGCUUUCAUUGAACGGUUGCUUAGCGCGGGAGUCGACGUCAACUGGAAGGAUGAAGAAGGCCGUGCGCCUUUGUAG